AUGGCAUCUGAAGGCGGGAACCCCGCGUCUGGCGACAAGCCCGCCGUCUUGAUCAUAGGUGGAUUGGGCUACACGGGACGACACCUCACAAAAUAUCUGUACGACAACAAACUCACAUCCGAAAUUCGCAUCGUCGAUAAACAGCUCCCGGAGCUCGCAUGGCUCGCACCAGAGUUCAAGGAAGCCUGCUCGAGAGAGCGCUUCAUACAGGCAGAUGCGUCGCAAGAACGAUCCCUCCCCCGCAUAUUCGACCGCGCAAACGGCAAGGAGUUUGACUACGUCUUCAACUGCGGCGGUGAGAAGCGCUACUCCCAAGAGGAAAAAGUCUACGAACUCCGCACGUACGGCCUGUCCAUGGCCGUGGGCCGCGAAGCCGCGAAACGAAAAAUUAAAUGCUUCGUCGAGAAGAGCACAGGCAUGGUGUACAAGUCCGACAGCGUGGCCCGCAAAGAAACAGACAAGCUGAAACCUACAACCGCCUUCGCGAAAUGGAAACUCAAGGCUGAGGAAGAUCUGGCUAAGAUCGAUGGGCUGAAUCUCGUGGUUCUGAGGGCGGCGCAUGUGUAUGGGCCAUAUGCGAACAAGUUCAUUGCCACGUUGCUUUGCAUGGCGAGGGUGUAUCAAAGCAAGGGAAAGGAAAUGAAGUGGCUGUGGAAAGAGGAUAUGAAGACGAACACAGUGCAUGUGGACGACAUGGUGAGGGCUAUGUGGCAUGCUGCAGAGUGGUAUAUGAAGGGACCACAGGGGAGGAGACCGGCGCCUGUGUUCAAUCUUGCGGAUCACGGAAAUACCUCCCAAGGAACUUCCGCCCGCCUCGCAGCCGAAAUCUUCAAAAUCGAAACAGGUUUCCAUGGAACCCUGAUCUCUGCCUUCGCACGCCUAAAUCUCGACCACGUAGUCGACGAAGUAAACGACGAAACUCUCGAUCCGUGGGCAGACCUACAAAAUGCAGCUGGCAUAAGCCAUUCGACCCCGCUGAGUCCCUUUAUGGAGAAGGAGUUGCUCAGAGACGAGUCGCUGAAUCUGGAUGGGAGCGCAUUCGAGAGGGAAACAGGGUUUACAUACACUCGCGACCACAUCACAAAAGAAGAAGUCGAGAAGGUCAUUGACAGUUACAAGAGGAUGGGCUGGUGGCCAUAA